GCGGGGAGGGAGGAGAAGGGAGGCAAGAAAGUAGCAGAAAGUGAGGCUGGCAGCCGGCUGCAAAGGAGCCCGGCGAGCGGCGGCGGCGGCGGCGGCAGGAAGUCUGUGCCCGAGACCAGCAGAAAUAAGAGCCAGGGAGGGACCGCGGCGGCGGCGAGAGUGAAAGAGGAAACUGCAGAAGAGGAAGCUCUUGCCGCAGCACAAAGUCUCCGGCUCCCGCGCCGAGCAUCCCCACGCGCGCGCCCCAGCCCUCCCGGACAGGCUCGCCGCCGCCCCCUGCGCCCCGGUCGCCGGGCGCCCCCUCCUCAGCGCGCCCACCCCGGCCCCACGCGCCCGGCCGCGCCGCCUCGCCGCCCUCCGCACACGCCGUCCUCGUCUGCCAUGGCCCGGGAGAACGGCGAGAGCAGCUCCUCCUGGAAAAAGCAAGCUGAAGACAUCAAGAAAAUUUUCGAGUUCAAGGAGACCCUCGGGACCGGGGCGUUUUCUGAAGUGGUCUUAGCCGAAGAGAAGGCGAGUGGCAGGCUCUUUGCGGUGAAGUGCAUCCCGAAGAAGGCGCUGAAAGGCAAGGAGAGCAGCAUAGAGAACGAGAUAGCAGUUCUGAGAAAGAUCAAGCAUGAAAACAUCGUUGCCCUGGAAGACAUUUACGAAAGCCCAAAUCACUUGUACUUGGUCAUGCAGCUCGUAUCCGGUGGAGAGCUGUUUGAUCGGAUAGUGGAGAAAGGAUUUUACACAGAGAAAGAUGCCAGCACCCUCAUCCGCCAGGUCUUGGAUGCUGUCUACUAUCUCCAUAGAAUGGGCAUUGUCCACAGGGACCUCAAGCCUGAAAACCUCUUGUACUACAGUCAAGACGAGGAAUCGAAAAUAAUGAUCAGUGACUUUGGACUGUCGAAAAUGGAGGGCAAAGGAGAUGUGAUGUCCACAGCCUGUGGCACCCCGGGCUAUGUUGCUCCUGAGGUCCUGGCCCAGAAACCGUACAGCAAAGCUGUGGACUGCUGGUCCAUCGGGGUGAUUGCCUACAUCUUGCUCUGCGGCUACCCUCCCUUUUACGAUGAAAAUGACUCCAAGCUCUUUGAGCAGAUCCUCAAGGCGGAAUAUGAGUUUGACUCGCCCUAUUGGGACGACAUCUCUGACUCUGCAAAAGAUUUCAUUCGGAAUCUGAUGGAGAAAGAUCCAAAUAAAAGAUACACUUGUGAGCAAGCCGCUCGGCACCCAUGGAUCGCUGGUGACACAGCCCUCAACAAAAACAUCCACGAGUCUGUCAGUGCCCAGAUCCGGAAGAACUUCGCAAAAAGCAAGUGGAGACAAGCAUUUAAUGCCACGGCCGUUGUGAGACACAUGAGGAAACUCCAUCUCGGCAGCAGCCUGGACAGUUCAAAUGCAAGCGUUUCAAGCAGCCUCAGUUUGGCCAGCCAAAAAGAUUGUCUGGCACCCUCCACGCUCUGUAGUUUCAUUUCUUCUUCAUCCGGGGUCUCAGGAGUGGGGGCGGAGCGGAGACCGAGGCCCGCCACUGUGACCACAGUGCACUCCGGGAGCAAGUGACUGGCUCUGGAGGUGGGGCCCAAGGGCGGGGCCGGGGAAGGGGGCCCCCACCGCCCCCGCGGGGCCGCCAGCACCACCAGCCGCUCCAGAGUGAUCCCACCUUGCAUGGUGCGCCUUCCUGCACAGGACUGGAAGACAGAAGUUUUUUAUGGCCAUAUUUUAUACUGCAAUUCUGAAGUGUUCGUUUCUCACAAACUGUACUGACUCAAGGGAGCUGACGUGAUAGGAUCUGGUGCUGUACAUAUGAAUCUUGCAAAGCUCUGAUAGAACGGACCUCCCUCGUCCUCUUUCCCAACCGUCGUCACUUCUGCUCUUCUAGGUGUGGGGAACCGUCUAUGUUGUAUUUUUUCAUUAAUGACAAAAAAGGUUUCAACUGGAUUAUUUAAGUCUUGGUAAAUAUUGCGCAUUAGGGUUUUAUUUUUUACCCUUUAAGAAAUAUGCCCUUCUGAUCUUUACUUCUUAGUCACGUGACCUGUAUCUUUUGCUUAUCAGUAGUUGAGUUUUAUGUUAACCUUUAAGAGAGGUGUUUUGUUUUGUUUUUUUUCCCUCCAAGGGGAAUGUAAAGGUAUUUUUAAAAAUUCUAAUAAGAGGAUCGAGAAUCUGUCUCCAAGGCGAAGAGUGCACUUUACUUCUAUUUUUUCCUCCUUCUCUCCCCUUCCCUGGAGAGGCAGCUCUUUAAGAAAACAACUCAGCAGUCCAGUGAGGCUGUCUUGUCUCCAGGGCCACCUGGGGAGGGAACCUGCAGAAGACCUUUUCCGACACCCCCUCCAGCAUGCCCCUGGCCAACCAGAGACCCUAGGGGCCUUCACCAUCAGUGGUCAGAAAUAAAGAAGCCUGCUCCCCCAAGACUAAGGCUAAACUUCAGAGGCUUCACUUGCUGUGAAGGAGAUGCCCACCCAGCAAAGAUAUAAGAGCCUCCCUUCCAGAAGGAACCAGACGCCAUUUUGGUUAAAGGGAAUUCUCACACAGCUUAUAUUUCUCACGAGGGUAACACAGAAAAGUCUGCUCUCAGCUAUGCAGUUUUAAAGUUAAUCUCUCUCGCGCUGUCUCUCUCUCUGUUUUUUAAAAAUGCAUUUCUAAUCUUACGCUUAAAAUGGCCUCCAACUCACACAAGUUGUUUCUGCAGAUUUUUACCCUGUUCUUCUAUGAAUGUUACCCAGGCGAGGAGAGGGAAGUGGCCUUGGAAAAGAGUCCAUUUAUCUGGGGUGGUAAGGAGAGGUGACCUGCCAGGCGAGCAGGACACUGGCCAGCGCGGUGAUGGCCAGCCAGCACUCGCAGCCCUCCCUCUGACCGGGGCAGUCUGAAAACCAAAGACCCGUAGUGGUGGUGUCACCAAAGGUGCCAGUUGCCUGGGAUUUAAGAAUUUCUUGGGAAGUAGAACUUUCAUUGCUAAAACUGGCAAUGUCCCAGGCAAAGCGGGCAGCGUUGUUUACCCAUGUGAUGCAUAGGUGUGCAGGGUAGAGCACGGCGUGAAACCCAGGGCAAACCACUUCCCAAGGGGGCUUUGAGGAGGCUCUCUUGCAGAGGCUUGCAGGUGGCUCUAAAUGCUAGGUCUACAAAAGCCCUCCCUUGACCCCCUGCCCACCAUAAUACCAUGAGUCUGCAUUUUACACCGUCAGCCUCAAGCCUGCCAUGAGUCCCUGUAGGUCUGCCUGAUGGCCCAACAACUCUACUGGUUGUGGUCCUCCUGCCCUUCUCCUAUAGCUAGCCACAUUCAGCAGGUCCUGUUGGUCAAGCCGUCUUGUGGUCAAGCCACACCUAUGCCUGUGUCCAGGCCAAAUGUUUAGUGAUAGCCACCCCCCCCACACACACACACACACAUACACACCAUGUUUCUAGGCUCAGCAGCUCCAUUCUGCCUCCAUUAGUAUGGCAGUGCAGGUACGUAUAAGAGCAGACAGGAAGACAGACAGCUGGUCUACCCUGUUCCCAACAUGCAUCAUAUGCACCCAGCCCCUUGGCGGGAAUCCCACUUGGCAUCUGCCACACAUGCAUCCAGAGCGAAAAUCAGGCGGUCGCUCUUCACGAUUAAUAAAAAAAAAACUAAAAAAGUCUAUAAAAUGACCACAGACCGAGUUGAGAAGCAGGUAUUGUGUGAGUUGGAUAAGUGUCAAUGCCAUGCCCGCAGAAGGAAAAUGGCAUGAAUAUUACAGAGUAUCAGAAAACUGCGGUCUCUCUCCAGGGGCUUUAUUAGGGUGUUGCUUACGAACAAGUAUAAUGGAACAUUCUUGUUUCUACAGUACAAGAAAACAAGGAAUUAGA